UAAAACUCAAAAAUAUUGAUGUUGUUAGUCAGCAGUUUUUAGCUAACGGUCCAAUGAUCGUAGUUUGUACCACUGCCGGUUUGGGCAUAUUUCUAGAUUUGAAGUAGAGUAACGUGGUAGCCAGGGACGUCGCUAUGCCUAUUUUAGUGGUCUUGCUAGCUAAACACUUCAGAGAAGACUAAGAUCCGUCAUUUGUAAUACAAAUAAAAAGCAAUUCUAAUUUAAUUCGACCAAAAUAGUAAGGUGGCCAAUAAUUGGGGACGGUGGUUUGAAGUUGAGGUAUUGCAACGUAUUCUGUUCACGUGAAGGGAGAUCCGGUUAUUAAAUGUUUAUUAUUUUAAUUAUGAUCAGUUUUGUUAAAAAACCUUCUUUUGAUAGAUUUUUACACCCUUUGUUAAAAUACCUUCCAAACGAGGCUUAGACCCCCCAAAACGAGGCUUAGCCCCUACAUCCAUGAAUUUCUAGUGAUGUCCCUGGUUAUAGCCAAUGGCCCUUGCUUGCAAACCACAGUAGUGUAUUGCAGUUCUAUCAACUGUAAAUUACUAAUUCGUUGUCAGGAUGGAGAGAGAAAGAGGAUUCAACUUCAAGCUGCUGGUGCCACCAAGAGUAAUCCCUCUCAAAGGACAAGUUUCUACCGUCAAACCACAGGAAAUUGGGGAAUAUAGAGAAUGUUCCACACACACUUUGCAUCAGCAGCAGGUGAAAAUUCUGUCCUAAUAGCUCCUCCCUCAAAAGAUGUAUUCCUGACAAAAGUUGUGGCGCAAAUGGAAAAUGAGGAAACCAAUUGCCAAAACAGUCAGCUAUAUUCAAAACUUUUUGAGGAAGUUCAGAAAGUAAAAUGUUGGAAAGUAAAAGUGGAAUCAGAGGCUGUGCAGAAAGACCGGAAGCUGCAAGAAAAUAAAAGAACAAUUGAAACUCAACGUAAAGCCAUUCAGGAAUUGCAGUUCGGAAAUGAAAGCCUCAGCAUAAAGUUAGAGGAUCAGAUCAGCGAGAAUGAAGAUCUGCGGAACAAGAAUAAUGCAACAAGGAACUUGUGUAAUGUACUGAAGGAUGCGUUUGACAGAUCAGAAGAGAAAAUCCAUUUAUUUGAAUCUGAAAGAGAGGAAACCCAUCACUUGUUCAUGGACAACAGUGAAAGCAUUCAGAGGAUGAUUGCUUCCUUUGAGAGUCUUCGUAUUCAAACAGAAGCGGAUCGCCAUGAAAUGCUGAAAGUCAAAGAGGGUCUGCAAGAAUUUGAGGAUCUAAAGGAGAAGUUUGAGAAGGAAUUCAGCAUGAACAAGAAGAGAAGAACACAACUUGUUUAUUUGACAGAGCAACAUCAGGAAGCCCUACAAAAUUCUAAGCAAGAACAAGAAUCCCUGUUAGAAAGUCUCCAAAGAGCAGAACAACUCAAUAAAGAACGUGAGGAAAGUAGAAAAGCUAUUUUGACAGCAUUAGAGCUCAACAAAAAGGAUAAUGCAAAGGUCGUUGUCGAGAAAGACACCCUCUUGGAAGAGCUCAGCAAAUUAAAAGAACAACAAGCUGACACAUUUUUAGAAAUUCAGGCCACCUCCCAGGAAUUUCAAACAUUAUUAACAGUUGAGAAACAAAGGGCAAAAGAAAUUGAACUGCAGCUUACCUUAGUUACCGAGGAACUUAAAAAGGAAAAAAAGGAAUUUGGAGAGAUGGAAAAAAAGAAAGAUAGCCAGUUACAAAUCCUUGAAGAUGAACUGGAUGUUAAAACUAAAGUCAUAGAGUCCCAAGUGGAACAGAUUAAAGUUGUUGAGAUCAAAACAUCAGAACUCACCACAGAGCUUGAAGAGAAAUAUGCAGAAAUUAACAAGUUAAAGAGUAAAAUACAAGACAUCGAGGGCCAGUUAUCAGCCGCAAUGAGAAGAAACGAAACAUCCAUGAAGAAUAUAGAGAAACUAAAAGCAGACAUUGUACAAUAUGAGGUGAAGUAUGAAGAGCUAUCAGUGAGUUUCAGUCAGCUGCAACUUGAGAAGAACAAUAUUCUGGAGCAGAUUCAGAAUGAAUCCUCAGAGGCAACCAUUCUUGCAGCACAAGUAAAGCAGAGUGAAGCAAAAGAAAUGAAGUUAAAGAAGCAAAUUAAUACAAUUGAGGAAGAAAAAGACCUACUAAGGGAGGAAUUGAAAUCUGUAAAUGCCCGAAUUGAAGAGCAAGGUCAAGACACUGACAAUCUGCAGAAAAAGCUUACUGAAAGGUGUGAAAAUCUCCAGACUGAGAUCUCACAAAAAGAGAAACAGAUGAAAGCAGUGGAGAAAAAGCUCUUUGACCUGAAUAUAAAAUUAGAGAGUAAAACUAAAGUCCAAGAGGAAUACCAAAAAGAGAACAAAACUUUGAAGAAACAAAUCGCAAUUGGGACAGCAAAAUCCAAUGAACUUGAAAAUGAGAUAAACAAAUUGAAGGAGGAGUCAGAAGAUCUUAAACAAUCAAAUGAAGAGGAACGUAAAAGAUUGCUUGAUGACCUUGAAAUGAAAUCAACAUCUGAGGCAGAACUUCACAGAAAGUUACAAAAACUACAGCACACAGCUACAGAGGCCCUCGAUAGUAAAGAAGAUGCUGAAAUCAAAUGUCAGAACAAGAUAGCAGACAUGGUUGCCUUGAUGGAAAAGCACAAGAAACAGUAUGACAGAAUGGUUGAAGAGAAAGAUGCAGAGCUUAAUGAGAAGAAGAGGAACAAUAUGGAAGCAACAGCUAAUAGAACAUCAAUGGAACUCGAGCUGUCACAGAAAAAGAUUGAGAAUGACCAUUUGAGGGAACAACUAGAGAAAGAAAUAAUGGAGAGGGAAAGCUUACUUAAAGAGAUUAAAGACCUCAAGAAAGAGAUCAAAUCUCAGAAAUGUUGCAUGCAGCUGGAGACACAGGACAAACAGCUGCCUGAGCCAAUGUCCAAAGAAGUGAGAUGUUCUGAAACUCCCAAAGUGUCCUCCAUCAUGAGGCAUGUGUCUCGGGUUGCUAAGGAUAUGCAGAGAAAACAGAGAACUCCGAAAGUAUCUGAAACCCCAUUCCAAAGCUCAGACAAAAAAGUUGCUGUGACUCCCAAUAUAAAUGAAAUUGAAAAAGAAGCCCCAAUUACUCCAUCUUGGAGCUCUAUAACCAGAGUUGGAGCAACUCCACAAAAGGAAACCAAAAGCAAGACCCUCAAAACUCCAUCUUGGCAUUCCACCAGUGCAGUUGGCUCAACACCACGGAUUAAGUCUUACAGAAUCAGAACUCCUCCAUCCCUGGAGAAGUCUAUGCCCUGGGGCAAGAGCACCCUAGAGCUUGACCCCAAGUCUGACAGCUCCGAACAUAAUGAUUUAUUGCAGAGCUUUGCGGUGGUAAAUGAGCCUUCCAAGAGCAGCCUGCAGUCAAGUGUCCCAGCUGCACAGCAUCAUAAAGGGGAUCUAUUCAGGAAGAUCCAGAGCCCUGCCAUUCAUAAAUCACCUGGGAGUGCUUUAAAGCUUGCUGCUAUGAAAAGGAUGCGUGAUGCUGGUUGGACAGCUGUCACUGGUGCCAAUAAGAAGAAGAAAAAAGCUGUAGAAAAGAUCUUUGCAUAAGUAGCAAGUCCCAUAUUUUCCAGGGUAGGCAAUUUAAUGUGUGUGUUGUAAAUGUAGAGAUUUCAUAAGUUAUUUAUAUAAUACUAAGUAUAUAAUACUAUAUAAUACUUCUAUAAUACAAACAUUUCAUUUAUACCUAUAGUUUUUUCAUUCGGUGAAAAUGUAUUGAAAUAGAAAUGUUAAAGGCAGUUUGAACUAUUUAAAAUGAACCAAGCAUGCUAUCUUGUUUAGGCGUCAACAUUACUCACUUUGAUUAUAAUAUUCAUGGCAACAUCUGUCAAAUUCUUUUUUUCUUUUUACAAAACUUGAAUAAUAUAAUCUGUUUAUGAAAUUAAUGUUCCUUGAUUUAAAAAUAUGUUUCAUUGUUAUUUAUUAUAUUCAUUAGCACUUAUAUGACUAAAUAAAAAAAAAUGCUAAUAGACAACAUUGUAAUGUAUUUGCCUGUACUAAGAUGAUUAUUCUUUGCACAAGUCAUCAAAGUUCUAUAAUAAGCAGAACAUUUUACAAAGAAAUAUGUAAAGAAAUUUACAUUGCAAUUGAUUUGGUGAAGU